CCGGCGAAUGUUCAUUCAUGCUGAGCAGAGCACCGCGAUCCCGAACUCCGGUGGAGACUAUGGCGUUAAUUUGGAGCAGGGUUUUGACAUUAGCAAAAAUCGGUUCCUCCAGGAUUUCGCUUCAGUUACAUGAAGCUCGUUAUCGAUUUAGUUCGCGGGGAUUCGCAUCUACUGAUCACUCGAAUUCGAAUCCUCUGCUUCUCAGGUUGCUUCAGGAGCCAAGUUCGUCUGUCAAAUCCGUGCUCGAUUCGCCGGAAAGUGCGUUUCUAUGUAGCUCCGAAGUUUCCUGCAAAUCCCUCGUUAGGUCUCUUGUAUCUUCUUCGUCGCCUAAGAAGGCUCAACUGGUUUUGGAAUGGAGAUUGGAGAGAAUGAGCAAAGAAAAUGAGGCGGAUCCUGAUUGCUACAUCGACCUGAUACGUCUUUGCGGUGAGCUUCAAAAUUUCCCUCUUGCAAUGCGUGUUUUUGCUGCUAUGGAAUUCCAAGGAGUUAAACCAACGGCGAUUGUUUUCAAUUCACUUAUGGAGGCUUGUUUAUCUUCACAUAAUAUGAUUACUGCCUUCAGUAUAUUCGAAGUAAUGAAAAACUCUGAAAGUUAUAAACCCAAUGCCGACACUUUCACUUCUUUCAUUUCGGCAUUUGCCAGAUUGUGUGAUGUUGAUUCCAUGCAAGCAUGGUACUCAGCCAAAAGAGCUUUUGGAUUCUCUCCUGACCUUCAAACCUAUGAAUCUCUUAUAUAUGGUAGUGUGAGAUCGAAAUGCUUUGACUUUGCUGUUAGAUGUUUUGAGGAAAUGAUGAUAUCUGGCAUUGUGCCCAACAAAAUCAUAUUGGAGAAUAUGAUUGAAGGGCUCUGCAAGAGGAAAAAUUUUGAGGAAGUGAAGAAGUUCUUAAAUAUUGUGUUUGACAAUGGGUGGGAGAUCGAUUGUACUGUGGCCAAGAAGUUCAUUCGAAGAAGUUUCGAUUUGGGGGCGGUGGACGGGAUGGAGGAGCUGCUUACCAAGCUAAGUAAGUCGAAUCUGGCUCCGGAUGGCAUGUCGUCGUAAAUAUACUGUAGAAUGAUAACAAUGUAGGCACCAUGUCCAACAGAUUGGAUGAAGUACAAUAUCCUGUUGAAAGAACCCUUAAACAUGGCUUCCGGUCAAGCUGAUGGCCACCGGAAAGCUGUUUUAACCGAAAGGGAUUGGAUUUGGUGAUAGAGAACACGAAAAUAGCUGCAGUUUCAUAUGCAUCAUGUUUGGCAGAGCAAGCAAGUUGUGCUUCCUUUGACAUGCCUUUCAGAUUAAGGAUAGUCUCCUCUGGGACGGGUUAGCGUGUCUCGAACCUUUAACCAAAAGUACAAUCGUUCGGGUCGAGAAUGAAGCCUACAUACUAGUUGUUAAAGGUGUAUCUAUCACCAUUGUUUGGUUUGGAGUGAAAGGGCAUAUGGAAGGUUCAAGGGGCUAUCUAGUUUUGCACUGAGCCAUCCCUUUUUUACUGUGGUAAGAAAUGGUUCUCCUACAAAUAUAUAUACAUCUUUAGGUCAGUUGGAUUUGUGUAUGCUUAGCACAAAUAAGAAGGGCCCUUUUUUCUUCCAUAAACUGAACAACAAGCGGUAAGAAGUCGGGGGAUUUAACCUUCGACCUUUAUCGUUGAAUUAUGAUCGUGUUGGUAGGUUUAUGUUAAUCGUGUUAAUUGGCUAUUUUGAAUGACCGUAUUAUUAUCUGGAUUGAUGAUAUUGAAUUUCAUCACCCCGUUUGAUCUUCUUUUUA